UGAUUUGGAUAAGCUAAGAUUUCCUUCUUAUAGACAUUUUUGACCUAUUCUUAGUAUAGCACUCAUUUCUAACCUCUUAAAUACUCUUAUUAUGCGAAUCUUUCUUUCAGUUCUUUCAUCCUUAUAAAAAUUGAUAAAGCUUAAAAUGCAAUUUGCAGUUCCAUCCUCUAACGAUAGGUAUAUCCCUUUUAGAAAAACUGAGGAUACUCAAAAAGCUAUGUUCAAGAUUAGUGAUGAAGAAUCUCCAGUUGACACACAAGAAGACAACCUUAACCAUGACCAAGAACAAGAUCAGAAUCAGAAAGCUCUCAAGAAGAGAGAGUAUCAGGCUUUAUGAAGAGGAGUAUUGGCUUAGGAGCGCUUUUCAGAAUCAAUGACUCUACGCAAGAAAAUGGUGAGGAAUUUAUUGACACAUUGUCAAGCUCUGCUCACAAGAAACGAAGUAUGAGGAUAUCUAGGCCAUUUAAGAGGAACAUACUGAGAUUUAACAAGUCCAAUAUUCAAGGAGAUAGGGAUAAAGCUCUGAAAAGAAGCUCACUUAGACUGAAAAACUUACCAAGCUGCAAUAUUUAUGUAAAGCCAGUGGAAAAAGUUACUAAAAUUUACUCUAAAAGAGCCCUUGAGGCUCCGAAUAUGACUGAUGAUUUCUACCUGAAUCUCCUAGAUUGGAGUAAGGAAAAUGUCAUUGCAAUCGGGUUAGAAUGAUGUGUGUUCCUUCUGAAUGAUUCUAAUAACCAAAUCUCACAAAUCAUCCCGUCAAAUGGUAAAACUUUGAUAACUUCUGUAUCGUGGAUGACCAUCUGCAAGAACAGGCUUGCCAUUGGGCUCAAUAAUGGAAGAGUUGAAAUAUGGGACACUGAUAAAUUACAAAGAAUAAGAACUCUCAAAGGACACUCAAAAAGGGUAUCAGCACUCUCAUGGAACUGUAACAUCUUGAGCACUGGAAGCUUGGACAGUCUCAUUCUCAGUCAUGAUGUCAGGGAUAAAUAGCCAUCUCAUAGAUCAGUUCAAAUAUCACUCAAAGGAAGUUUGUGGCCUAAAGUGGUCUCCUGAUGGAAUUCAACUUGCAAGUGGCUCUAACGACAAUCAUCUCUGAAUCUGGGAUAUUAAUAUCAUGAAAAGACCAAAGUUCGCCUUGAAGAGCCACAAAGCUGCAGUCAAAGCGCUGUCUUGGGCCUCCCAAGACAAAAACUUGCUUGUCUCUGGAGGAGGCAAGUUAGACAAGUCUAUCAAGUUUUGGGAUACUGAAGAAGGUACUGAAAUCUAUAGCCUGAGAACCAAUGGACAAGUUUGUUCUCUCCUAUGGUCCGAUAACUCUAGAGAAUUAGUCACCUCUCAUGGUUAUGAAAAGAGCCAAUUCUUUGUAUGGAAGUAUCUCCCUCAUAAACCAGAAAUGCCUUUGGUUCAGACAGGUGAGCUUAUAGGGCACAAAUCAAGAAUCUUGCAUACCACUUUAAGUCCAAAUGGCUCAACUGUUGCUAGUACUUCUCCUGAGGACCAGACUCUAAGGUUCUGGAGGGUGUUUGACAAAAAAUCAGAGUUUCCCUUCUCUGAUUUCAUUGGUCCAAGUUCUUUCUUCAAGAAUGUAUUCCGCUAAAUUUAUCUAAGAUCUUAACUGAAUUGAGUUAAAUCGGAUAGACUUCA